AUGCACUCCGGCGGGGCCCCGGUGCAGUUCAUCGUCAGCUGCUUGGGCUACGCGCUGAUGCCCAGCGUCCUCCUGGCGGCCCUCCGAACCUUGGAGUUUUGGAUCUUUGGAAGUUUCUUCACCCCAAUUUUGCUGCCCUUUGCAUGGGGGGUGAUCCUGUGGUCGUCGUGGUGCGCAACGAAGCUGCUGGUGGAGGGACUCUGCAUGCAGCCACAGCGGUAUCUGAUUUUAUACCCGGUCAGCUUGUUUUACGCGGCGUUCGCCAUCUUAACGAUUUUUUAG